AGAGUUGCGUGACUUUCUACAGGAAUAAUGUAGAUGCUGAAAACUAGGAAUAAACACAGAAAAUGCUGAACCAACUCAGAACAUGGGCAACAUUUGCGAAAAGAGAAACGGAGGUCAGCUUUCAGGUCAAUGGCCAAGACCUAGGAGAGGAAUUAGGCCAUUCGCUCCGUCGAUUCUGCUCCACCUUUCGAUCAUGGCUGAUUUACCUAUCAUGUUCGUUACCACGCUCCGGUCAGGAAGGUUAUGAUCAAUUCCUUACUUCCUGACGUAAUACAACUAUUUGUUAAUUCAUCUAGCAAGUUUUCAGAUGAGCACUCAUCUAAUAAUUUCCUCUGGUAACUCCUCGACCUAGUUGGCUCCAAAAUGAUAUUAAUAGGAUUGGAAGCAAGUAUAUUUGCCAAGAUGUUCACGUGAAAUAAAUAACACAUAGAACACAGAAAUAAGCCCUUCAGCUCAACUUGUCCAUGCUAACCAAGGUGUUUGGCAUGAUGAAUGAACUAUGGACUCCAAUUGCAAAACAAUACAACCCAUUAAAAGCUGGAAGCAUUGAUGGGACAGAUGAGGAACCCCACGACCGAGCUGUCUCAAGAGCAAUUGCAGCCAAAUAUAGACCCAAUAAGGGUGUCAUUGGAGAUCCACACCUGACACUCUUUGUUGCCAGGUUGAAUCCUCAGACAACAGAGGAAAAGUUAAAAGACACAUUCUCCAGAUUCGGAGAUAUCCGUAGAUUGAGGCUUGUGCGGGACAUUGUCACUGGGUUUUCUAAAUGCUAUGCUUUCAUCGAAUAUAAAGAUGAACGCUCAUUAUUAAAGGCACAUCGGGAUAGCAAUAAAUUAGUGGUGGACCAAAAUGAAAUAUUUGUUGAUUUUGAAUUGGAACGGACUUUAAAAGGAUGGGUCCCACGGAGAUUUGGUGGAGGAUUAGGAGGUAAAAAGGAAUCUGGCCAGCUUCGGUUUGGUGGGCGGGAUCGACCGUUUAGGAAGCCUUUCAGCCUGCCAGCACUGAAAGCAGAACUGUACACGGAGGGACCAGUUGACAAAAUGGAUAGAACACGGGAUAACCGGCAGUGGGAGAGAGGUCGAGAUCGAGAAAGGAGAAGAGAUGAGAGGGGCGAGGAAAGAGAAAAGCAUGAUGGAGAUAGAGAGCGAUACAGAAGCAGGGAAAGGGAUCAUAAACGCCAGAGGGAUGAAGAUCGAUAUAAAGAUGAAGACAGACACCAACGCAGGGAGAGGCAUAAAACUCGACGGUAGAAAGCUAUUACCUUUCUUCUACCACUAAGGAAAUAUAAAAACUCUUAACAAGCGGUCUACUUAACCUUUUUAUUGUUUAAUUUAAAUGUGCAUUGUGGAAUGAAAUAUCUAAUCAAUGUUUAUUUGUAUGAACAGAUGUUGCUGGCAAGGAGUUUCUCAGUGCUAUAUCAUAUAUAUAUACAUUUCCCUCAAGUUUUCAACAUUGUAUUUGGAUACAGAUGAUCCUCUUGCAUUUUGCUUAGUUAUCUGCUUUAAUAAGAUUAUAGCAAAUGGGAUAAUAAUCCUAGCAACUAUAUAUGUAUUAAAGGAUAGGGAUAAUAAAAAAAAGGAAUUCUGUCCAUCAUAAACUUUACUGAUAUAAAUGCAGUGCAGUUCUGCAAUUAUUUCUCCAAAUGAGUAAAUAACUUCCCAGUUCUCUUAUCUGCAAUUAUAGACUGUCCCUGGGUAAAGAAAUUUGGAUCAAGCUUGACUUAUGCGUAAAUCAAAGAACUGUGGCUGCUGGAAAACUGAAAUAAAAGCAGAAAAUGCUGGAAACACUGACAAAUCAGAAUCAAAAUCAGGUUUAAUAUCAUUGGCAUAUGUCAUGAAAUUUGUUGACAACAGUACAUAAUAAACACUAAAUUAUAUUAGGUAUGUAUAUGUAUUAAACAUUUUAAAGGUCGUAAUGUAGAGUUCAUGUGUUCAAUGUCCAUUCAGAAAAAUUGAUGGUAGAGGGAAAAAAGUUAUUCCUCAAUCAUUGAGUGCGUGCCUUCACUCCUAUCACUCCUCCCUGAUGGUAACAAUGAAAAGAGGUUAUCCCCUGGGUAAUGUGGGCCCUUAAUGAUGGAUGCUGCAUUUUUGAGGCAUCGCUCCUUGAGGAUGUCCUGGAUGCUGGGCAGGCUAAAGCCCAUGAAGGAGCUGACAGAGUUUACAACUUUCUUUAGCUUAUUUCUAUCCUGUGCAGUGGCCUCCCCAUACCAGAAGCCAAUGCAGCCAGGUAGAUUGCUCUCCAUGUUGCGAGUGUAUUUGGUGAUAUACCAAAUGUCCUAAAACUCCUAACUAAAUAUAGCCACUGUCAUGUCUGGAAGUUUGCUUCUGUAGAAAGAGAAAUUAACAUUUCAGGUCAGAAAUCAUCUGUCAGAACCGAUUUUUGACAAUCCGCUAGUUAAUUAAUUCUGUUUCACUUCCCUUGGAUGCUGUUGAACCAAAACUCUCUGGCCUUAAUUCAGUUUUAGAGAAUGUAUUAUUUAGUAUUUAAUUUAGUUGCAUAAAUCCGUAUAUUUUUUAUAACUUGGUUUUGCCUUGCAGUUUUCAAUAAAACAAGUUAGUAGCUUUUAUACUUUUUAAAUGGUGAUUUGCUGAUUUUAUUUACUUAGACCUACUUAAAUGCACAAUGUAAUAAAAUACCCUACUUUUAUUAAUGUUGAAUAAUGGUGGUGUUCACAUUCUGUAAUAUUUGAUUUUUUUUUCCAAAUAAGAUUUGUCUUGUAAUAUCUUUUGGAUAUAUUAAACAUAUUUUAUUACUGAC